AUGGGAGAGGUGGUAGUUGUAAGAAACAAGCAAGUGAUAUUGAAAGACUACGUGAAUGGGUAUAUGAAACCAUCCGAUUUGGUGGUAACUUCUGAUACCACCAUCCCUUUGGAGCUACCAAAAAACGAUGGCGGUUUAAUUUUAUCGAAAAAUCUUUAUCUGUCAUGCGAUCCCUAUAUGAGGAAUCGUAUGAAUGAAGCCGUUGCAGGAAGUUACAUCACUUCUUUCACUCCCGGUUUGCCUAUAAGCGGAUAUGGAGUGGCAAGAGUUUUGGAUUCGACUCACACCAACUUCAAGAAAGGUGAUUUGAUAUGGGGAUUCGUUAACUGGGAAGAAUAUAGUUUGAUUACGGACACAAAGUCGUUGAUAAAGAUUCAACAUAUUGACGAUAUUCCUUUUUCCUAUUAUACGGGAAUCCUAGGUAUGGCUGGUUUGACUGCUUAUGUUGGUUUUUAUGAUAUUUGUUCGCCAAAGAAAGGAGAUUUCGUGUUUGUGUCAGCAGCAUCUGGAGCGGUUGGUCAACUUGUUGGUCAGUUUGCGAAACUCUUUGGAUGUUAUGUUGUCGGAAGUGCUGGAUCAAAAGAAAAGGUUGAUCUACUAAAGAACAAAUUUGGAUUUGACGAGGCAUUUAAUUACAAAGAAGAACAAGACCUUGAUAUCGCUUUAAAAAGAUAUUUCCCAAACGGUAUUGAUAUCUACUUUGAAAACGUCGGGGGGAAAAUGCUCGAUGAAGUACUAAGCAACAUGAGAAUUCAAGGCCGCAUUGCAGUUUGCGGCAUGAUCUCACAAUACAACCUUGAUCGAGUCGAAGGCAUAUACAACCUCCAUUUACUUAUCUUCAAACGUAUUCGAAUGCAAGGGUUCCUCGUUUUCGAUCACUAUCACUUGUACCCUAAGUUCUUGGAUAUGAUUGUGCCUCUCAUUCAAGAAGGAAAGAUUGCAUACGUCGAGGACAUAGUCGAAGGCCUCGAGAAUGCUCCAACUGCCUUGGCCGGCUUGUAUACAGGCAAAAAUGUCGGAAAACAAGUUGUUGCCGUAACUCGUGAAUAA